GGAAGCCCCGGAGCUGGUUAAGUAGCUGUGGACCCGAGCAAAUCCCUGAGACACUAUCAGGAAUGUCUUCCUUAAGUGGAAAAGUACAAACAGUUCUGGGCCCCGUAGAACCCAGCCAACUGGGACGCACCCUGACCCAUGAGCAUCUGACGAUGGCCUUUGACAGUUUUUAUUGCCCACCUCCUCCAUGCCAGGAAGCUGCCUCCAGGGAACCUAUCAUGAUGAAAAAUUUAUUUUGGAUUCAGAAAAAUCCUUACUCCCAUCAAGAGAAUCUUCAGUUGAAUCAGGAGGUAGAAGCCGUAAGAGAAGAACUGUUGUAUUUCAAGGCUAAGGGCGGAGGAGCCGUGGUGGAGAACACGACCACUGGACUCAGCAGGGAUGUGCGUACGCUGAAGUGGCUGGCAGAGCAGACUGGAGUCCACAUCAUAGCUGGUGCUGGGUUUUACGUAGACGCAACUCACUCUGCAGCAACCAGAGCCAUGUCGGUGGAGCAGCUUACAGAUGUCCUCAUUAGUGAAAUUCUCCAUGGAGCUGACGGCACCAGUAUCAAGUGUGGAGUUAUUGGAGAAAUUGGCUGUUCCUGGCCUUUGACUGACAGCGAGAGAAAGGUACUUCAGGCUACGGCUCACGCCCAAGCUCAGCUUGGUUGUCCGGUGAUCAUCCACCCUGGACGGAACCCAGGUGCACCAUUCCAGAUCAUCCGAGUACUGCAAGAAGCAGGGGCGGACAUCUCUAAAACGGUCAUGUCCCACCUUGACAGGUCUAUAUUUGAUAAGAAAGAGCUGCUGGAGUUUGCUCAACUUGGCUGCUACUUGGAAUAUGAUCUCUUUGGUACGGAGCUCCUUAAUUACCAGCUAAGCCCAGAUAUUGAUAUGCCUGAUGAUAACAAAAGAAUUAGAAGGGUCCGUUUUCUGGUGAACGAAGGCUAUGAAGAUCGGAUUCUCAUGGCACACGACAUACACACAAAGCAUCGACUGAUGAAGUACGGAGGUCACGGCUACUCACACAUCCUCACCAACGUCGUUCCUAAGAUGCUCCUCAGAGGUCUGACUGAGAGGGUGCUUGAUAAGAUACUCAGAGAAAACCCUAAACAAUGGCUGACUUUUAAAUAGGGUGGCUGUUCAUGAACCCAGACCCGGAGGAUAAAAUUAGCAGAGGAUGGUAGGUGAUUUCAGAUCUACUGGAGACAUGAAUCCAAGCUACACAGAACCAGUGACUGGUCACUUCCCUCCUAUGAGAAGCUGGAUAACUACUGGGUUCAAGUGAGUCCCAUUGUCUUUCCUUAAUAAAAUAAAAAUGGAAGAGCGUGUUUCCAAACAAUAGUUUAAAGUUACAACCCCUAAGAGUCAUUUUGGAUGUCUUCCCCUGCCCCGACUCUGAUCAGCACUACUUGAGAAAAAUUAUAGUUUCAAGCUAAGUUGCCCCCUUCUGGAGCAAUCUAAUGUUUCUGGUAAUAUUGAUGAUCCUAGUAAUUAUCCUGCUGUUCUUUAAUUAAUGCUUAAUGAAUAAUAUGGCAUUUCAAAAUCACUUUUGCAACAAGGGAAGUUAAAUUUUGAGACUUUUUUUUUUCCCAAAGGAGACAGCAAUAAAAUUACCAAUUCGCAACAAUAAAAAUAUUUUGGAAGGUUAACUAUGUGUUUCCCACCUAUUUAUGUAAACAGAAUAAAUCAAUUUUCCUGACUUUGGCUUUCUGGUUUCCAUUUUUACUGUUAACUAUAUUGUGUUUUUGAAAAAGUCUGUCUAAGAACAUGUAACAAUAGUGAAUUAUAAAGAAAUGCGAUCAUAAAAGUAAAAAUAUAUUACAUAAUAUAGUUUAAUGAAUCAUUACAGUUAUUAUAACAAAGGCCACAAUUUAAUUAAUUCAUGUUAUAAUGCAAAGAAAAAAAGAAAUGCUUGCCUUAUAUAUAGUCCCUUUAUUUCAUUUACCUUUUAUUUCUUUUUUCCUCAGGCCUAAACAGAGAAAAUAAUGCUUAUUUAUCUAAGGAAAAGGUCAGGUCUAUUGGAAAUGACAGUCUGUUUGUAAACACCACUCUUUAGAAGAGAUCCAGCCAUGAAGUUCUGUGCUAAUAAAGCCUUUUCAAAAUA